UUAAUCAAAACAGCUGGUGGACAAGAAGAGGGAUUAGUAAUGCUGUGCAGGGAGCUUACAGUAACACAGAGACAAGAAAAAUAAUUUGUCAACAUUUACAAACCAGAAUUUAGGUACUUAAAUCUGUAUUUAGGAACCUCAAUAAGUGGUCUGUUUUGCAAAGAUGCCAACAUCCAGCAGCUCUCAUAAAGGCCCUUCCUGGGAAUAAGUUUUGAGAAGAUUGCGAAACAAGAUGUGGUGGUUUAUUGCAUUAGCCUAUCUAAUACAAGUUGUUACAAGCUCAGAAGAACUCAUCAAGAAGAAAAGAAACAUGAAUCCUGAAACGUUUAUGAAUAUUAGUCAGUUGAUCUGGUUUGAAGGAUAUCCCAGUGAGGAGUAUGAAGUUCUGACUGAGGAUGGCUAUUAUUUGAGAAUAAACAGAAUUCCUUAUGGCAGAGAAAAACCUACAGACAAAGGUCCAAAGCCAGCUGUGCUUCUCCAGCAUGGAUUGUUUGGUCAAGGUAGCAACUGGGUCGAAAAUUUGGCCAAUAACAGCCUGGGCUUCAUGCUAGCAGAUGCUGGCUAUGAUGUUUGGAUAGGAAAUAGCAGAGGCACAACCUGGUCUCAAAGACACCAGAAAUUUUCAGUUGCCCAAGAGGAAUUUUGGGAUUUCAGUUUUCAUGAAAUGGGCAAAUAUGACCUUCAAGCUAUGAUAAACUUUAUUCUGCAGGAAACUGGACAGAAGCAACUGUAUUAUGUUGGCUACUCCCAGGGCAGCACUAUGGCGUUCAUAGGAUUUUCCUCCAUGCCACAGCUGGCACAGAAAGUCAAAAUGUUUUUUGCCUUGGCUCCUGCUGUCACCACUGGACACACCAAAAGCCCUAUGGCAAAAAUGUUGUUAAUGCCUGAAGGAGCAUUACAGGAUAUUCUUGGCAAAAAAGACUUCCGCUGGUGGGGUAAGACUAUGAGGGAGCUUGCUGCCACAAUGUGCUGCUAUGAAUUACCUAAUAGACUUUGUGCCAAUAUAUUUUUCUUUGCGGGUGGAUUCAAUGAGAAAAACCUAAAUAUGAGUCGAAUGGAUGUGUACACAGGCCGCUUUCCAGAUGAAACGUCUGCUAAAAACUUACUGCACUGGGCCCAGGCAGUUAAAUCAGGAGAAUUCAAAUAUUUUGACUAUGGCAGUGAGAACAAGGCUAAGUACAACCAGUCUGUCCCUCCCUUCUAUAAGAUAGAAGAUAUGACUGUGCCCACUGCAGUAUGGUCCGGUGGAGAAGACUGGAUGGUAGACCCAAAGGAUAUUGACAUGUUACUCCCUCAAAUUACUAACCUAGUUUACCACAAGAAUAUUUCUGACUGGAACCACUGGGAUUUCACCUGGGGUCUUGAUGCAGCCAAGCGUGUGUACAGUGAAAUUAUUGCAUUGAUGGGAAAGUAUCCAUAAAACCACACAGCAUUGUUUGAGAAUUAAUUAGUUAAUUUAGAUUUAUUGAAAUCUACUUUCUGUAUGUGUGGCAAUAGGAGACUUUUCUAGUUGCUAUUUUUUGAGUCAAUCAUGGUGCUUGUAAAUGGAUUGGGGGAUUACUGUGAAAGGAUUUAAUAUGUACUUUUUUUUUUUUUGGUCGUGGUACCAAUUUUUCCCCAUCUUCCUGGUGAAAUUCAGCAACCGGGAUUCUGUUACUCAGAAAACUGAACUAUAUUUCUCAAAGGAAACACUUCUGAAACCAAAACUAAAAUCCUAUAGUGCACAUUACAGCUGUGAGCCAGAAUAUGCAUGCAUGCCUUAAAUCUUUUAGCACAGUCCAUCAUUAGAUGUUAAACUAAUGAGGACAUUUCUCUGGUCCAGUUAAAAUACUAGAGAACUUUCCCAUGUUACAUACUAAAAAUGUUUUUAAUUUGGUAAUCAAUAAUGCAGCCUUUCAUAUGUAGUUAAGACAGUCUAUGUUAGUUUUACUUUGACCGUUUAUUUUGUAUAGAUACACGUGAAUAUACACAAUAAUAAGAUAGCAAAAGCAUGACAGGAAAAAUACACACAUCAAAGGAUAUCCUUGAAUUGAAAGGCUUGUAAAAAAAGAUAGAAUCACACUCGAAGAGAUGUAUGGGGGCGGGAGGGAGGGGGGAUCAAUGUCUGAAUCUAAAACAUUUGUGUACAAUUUAGAGCAUAAAGUUAUAUUUCUUUCUCAUGUAAAUUAUAUUUUUACUUCCAAAAAUUGCUCCCACACCUCCCAACAUUUUGCCAGGUCACGAAGCUCUCAGUCUAUCAGCUUCACAUAACCCUAUUUCUCCUUUACACUGAAAUCAGUCUUCUGAUAUUGGUCAAUAUGGAUUCCAUCCACCUUGUCACAGAGAACAUAGCUAAUGCAAUCUAGUUCUUUUGUUUGUGAGAGAUUCUUAAUUUCAGUAAGGGUAUUAUGUGGAUGAACUGAGGUACUGCUCUUUCCCCAACUAGUUCCAUUCUGUGUGGCAUCUGAUUCCGGGUAAGAUACUUUCACUUGCAUAUCCACACAAUAUCCCCAAUAUCAGAACAAUCGUCUUCAGAAAAGGCACCUUUUAGCAAUCUGCUUGGAAUCCAGUGCAUUUGUUUGAACUGAACUAAGUAUUGCUUAAUUCUCAAACUGAAUUUACAGGUGUUGGAAAAUUCUGUCCCUGAGUUUGCUAGUGAAAGAAACAUUAAAAGCCCUUUUCUAGCUACAUUUCAGAGAAAUUAGUAGUGACAUUGGGUAUUUUCACUGUUAAAAUUAUAUGCCUCUGAAAUUGUUUGCAUUUUCUUAGGAUUUUUCUAUAACUGUUGAAAAAGAGGUAUUGAUUUUGGAUGAGGUUCUAUAGUACUUAUGUGGCAAGGAAAUGGUGAAUUUUGAAGUAUAUACAAUCAUAGUAUAAAAGGAUGUUGUACAUAGCCAAACAAAAAAGGGUGAUAUCACAGGGGCAAAACCUGCUUUCUGAGGAACGCUGGAAGGAAUACCAUGUGAGGCAGAAUCAAUUUGCUGUUUUUAAUCUAUGUCUAUAGGUAGCAAUAUAACCCAAACUGGUAUGUGGAAGAAACUCAAAAGUAGGUUGCUCUGAUUAAAAAUGUUAAAUAUCCAGGAUACUAAUACAAACAAUAUUCUCAAUAAUUAUUUUAGUUCUUGUUGUUAGUACACUCAUUCACUACAAAGAAAUGUAUUUUAAAAAUGUAACAGCGGAGUUCUUUCAUACUCACUCUUGCUCUUCUUGUAAA